UGGAAGCCCUGAGCUUUACUGCUGGAGUUCCUGUCUUUGCUGGGAGAUGAGGUUAACAGAUUGAAUAAAUCUGGUCAUGUGGAGCGUUGAACACGCUGAGGAUCUCUAAAAGAUGAGAAGAUCUUUAAGGCGGGACCACUGGAGGAGAAGAUCUUGAAUCAUGGAGACAGGGAUACUCCCACAUUUGAAAGCCACAACUAUCUUGCCCAAUAAUUUGAAUUUUCAACUAUUUUUUGAAGACUCUGGAAUUGAUUUCAAAAGUUUUUUUACAGACAUGUUUAUAAAGGCAUUUUUUGGCUAAAUGCAUUGAUAAAGUGUUUUUAUUGAGACCAACAAGAUAAUUAAAGAUUAGAUAAUUGCACAAAUCAUACUCCCAUUUGGUCAAGCAAGGAGGGAUGAAGGGUCCAACUGGUGGUCAUGACCUGAAGAUUCAGGGAUCAGGCUUCGGUUUCCCAAUCGCCGGACUUCCAGCCAGCUCCAUAAUAACGGCGGUCCAGCAGCAGGAUUACUCAGCGGGUGUUUGGCUUCGCAGGAGGGAUAAACUGGAACACUCUCAGCAGAAGUGCAUCGUGAUCUUCGCCUUGGUGUGCUGCUUCGCCGUGCUGGUGGCUCUGAUUUUCUCAGCAGUUGAUAUUUGGGGCGAGGAUGAGGAUGGAAUCACGGAGGAGAACUGCAGCAGGGACUGCAGUGCGGUGCUGGUGGAGAACAUUCCAGACGACGUCUCUUUCUUAGACAACGACACAUCCCACCUCCCUCUUUCAGUCGGGCUCCAGAACCUGCUGGAUCGAGCCGUGCGAGUUGUAGAAAUCGUUUCCCCAGACUGGCUUCUGAACUCCUCUGACUAUGAAUCCAGCUUCCACCCUUCUGCAAAACAGAGGAAGGAGCUCGGCGUGUUGGUGUUCAACUGCAGCUGUCUGGCUCUGGAUCUGCACCGACUGUUCAGUCUUUACUGGGGACUGGAGUAUAAAGAGUUCAUCCCCUCCUUCUGGUCCAAGAGACUCUUUGCUCUCUUUAAUAGAAACGCUCCACUGAAUCUGACACUCAACAGAACAAAGAUGACAGCUUACAUAUCUAGCUCCCCGGAUGUUUUCAUCCCCAAAGAUCGCAGUAGUGAUCUUGAAGCCAUUUCCAGGGUCAUUCAGGAGGCACGCCGCUUCAUAUACAUCUCCAUCACUGAUUACCUUCCCCUCAAUGCCAACGACGCUCAAAGGUACUGGUCUCGUAUUGACGGUCUCGUCAGAGAGGCUCUGAUCUUGAGGGGGGUGCGGGUCCGCCUUCUGAUAAGCUGCUGGGAGAAGACGCACCCGCUCACUAUGAACUUCAUCUGGUCCCUGAAGAGUCUGUGCAUGGAGCAGGCCAACUGCUCACUGGAGGCAAAGUUUUUCAACCCCAGAGUGCAGAGAGAUGACAGUCUGGAAGGAAUAAACCACAACCGAUUCAUGGUGACAGACAAAGCUAUUUAUUUAGGUAACCUUGACUGGGUGGGGAAAGAGUUCACCUUUAAUGCAGGAGCCGGCCUUGUGAUCAGCCACCCAGAUGACAUAGAGGAGAGAAACUUCACUGUGGUGGAGCAGUUACAGGCUGUUUUUGAGCGGGACUGGUUUUCGAGUCACACCCAUCCCGUUCAAACGGGUAAAGCAUCUGUUUGUAAUAGACGUCAUGUCAAGUGGACGGCCAAAGUCAACCACUUGGACAACGGACCAGUGCCUUUCAGACAAAGCCAGUAUGACAGUAAACCCGCUCCGAUGAGAACCCAUCACAGAGCCGACGGAGAAACGGAAGAGAAAACAAGACACCACGGGAUUAGACAGAGAAAAACCAAUCAACAAAAGACGGCCAACGGGCAGUUGAUGGUUACAGACAGCUACCAAGAGAGGCCUCGAGUUAAAGUGAUUGAUGAAAGACGCCUACAAAUCAAAGAAAAUAAAUCUGACAAUCCAACAGAUCCAACCAGCCAAUCAGCCGAGAGCAGUGGAUUCUAGUGGUUCUCAGUGACUCGGUUUGGAGAACUCUGAUUUUUAUUGGACAUCUAACACUGGAUUGCUUUGGUAUUUUAUUCUUAUUUUUUAGCACCCAAACACAUUGAUCAUUUGAGUAUUAGGUAGUCUGCAAGAUUUAUGGAGCUUACUAUCUAUUUAUUUUCUCUGCAGUUCUAUGUAUCAAAAAAACUAUUUUAAGUUUAUGAAUUUAAUUUAUUAUAUUUUUCCUAACAUAUGUGGUAGUCGUAAUUUAUCAGCUUUUCAACAGCAUCUGUAGCUACACAAACCAACAACCAGCAUUUGACCUCUGACACGGAGGGAAUGUUAUAAUGUCACUUUAAUUAUUGUGCAUCUUUUGCUUCUAUGCCUUACCUAGAAAAAUAUAUAUUUUGCCAUUUGACAGCUCCCUUUAGCAAAUAACCUUUCACGCAUAUAGAAUCAUAAAUAAUUAAGAUAACCUACAACGGAUUGGUUCACAACCGCAAAACGACGGACGCCGCACCAAUCCACAUGUCGAUCUUCCCUCACUCAUGCACAAGACCCCAAGAUACUCCAGUCAAGAACCAUGGCCUCAGACUCCCUGGAGGUCCUGGCUCAAUGAAGUCAACAGUACAACAUCAUCUGCAUAGAGGAAAUUCUGUGGUCUCCAAACCAGAUCCCUUGAGCCUCCGGCUGUGCCUACAAGUUCUGUCCAUUAAGACUAUGAACUGAACCGGUGAUAAAGCAUCCAACAUGCACCAGGAACAGGUCUGACUUACUGCCGGCUAUGCGAACCAACUUCCUGGUCCGUUCAUACAGAGACCGGACAGCCUUCAGUAAGGCUCUCUGGGCCCCAUACUCCGACAGUUACUUCUACAGGACACCACAGGGAACGCAGACGAACGGCUUCUCCAAAUCCACAUGACACUUAAGGACUGGAUGAACAAACACCAACAAACCUGCACUCUAAAAAGGGUGUAGUGCUGCUCCACUGUUCCACAACCAGGACGGAAACCGCACUGUUGUUCAUACAUAAUUAACAACAUAUAAUAUAUACUCGUAUAAUUUUCUUCACCUACAAAACCAUAUUUUUUUGACAAAGGAAUGUCUGAACUGAAGGCCUAAAAGUGCAAUUUGGAUCUAUGUACUCAUAAGAAACUUCCAAUUUAAUUAAUAGUUAUGCUUUAUUGAAUCCAAUUUAUGGAACCUCGUUUGGCCCAGGACAACCCGUCUGAUCUUUAGAUAAAACCAACUCAUAACUCAUUUCAAAUGAUGAUCUGAUGCUGAAUAGUGGGCUCUCUAGAGCCACUUAUAAAAUCAAUAACCUUGAUGUUCAAAUCUCAUUACCACAAGUACACAGAGCCGCUGCAUAAUCCAGGGAAUCAUGCAUUAUAGAAUCGUGUACAUCAAUUUAUUUUUUUUAAGGCUGUCAUUGAGUUAGAUGAUGCGGCUGUACAUACUGUGACGCAACAUUUGUCUUUAGCUGCUUCUACUGAAAAAAUUGACUUCUUUACAGAGAUUAUAACAGAAUCUUUUCUUACUCCCUUUAAUGCAAGCUUCACAAAUCCCAAUAAAUGAAUGAGGACAUUCUUAUUAUAAAUAGCAGUUCAGUGUCUUUGUGAGAUCACUGUUACUUCAUUUUAAAUAAUUCACCCAAGUAUGAUUUCAUGCAGUUUAAUUACCACAAAUGCAAAAGGAACGGUAGUAAAAAUGGGGCCGGAGGCUGUCUGAUCUCAGUCAAAUCAAUGCAAUGAAUUUUUAACAGAGCUCGACAGUUGCAGAGGCUACAUUUUAACCUCAAGGACACAUUGGUCUGUAAACUCCAGCAGUGAUUCCUUUAGCAGAACUGGAUGAAGAAUUAUGAGAAAAAUGAGAACGCUUAUAACACUGGACAGAAAUCUUGUAUCAAUUUAAAUGUGCACAUUGAAUGCCAGCAUGUAGCCUGCCUUACACAAGUUUAAACAACAGUGCUUGUGUUGUUUUUAAUGGUUGUAGAGCAUGUAUUUACAUUUUUUUUUACUAUCUAAGCCUUUAAUUAAGCAAACACAAGCCUCCUCUCAGUUGUUAUAGUUUGUAUUUUUUUCUGCAAAAGCAACAACUUUUUUUAUCCUUGUUUUAGCCGAGGGAAUUUGAUAAUUUAACCCCAAACCAAAUGUGGUCUAACAAAAUAAUUAUAUAUAUUAUAAUUCUAUCUUACUUAACCCUGUAAGUACUGCAAAAAAUAAUUAACAUAAAUGUAAUUUAUUUAAAAUUAAGGAUUUUUAAACCCUUUUGAAAUCCACAAAAACUUGCAAUAUCUUGUUUUUAUAAGAUAACGACAGUAUCAACUUUGAUACAUUGACUUAUUUUGUACGUUUUUGCUCACAACAAUGCAAAAAAUAUUGACAGGAAAAAAGCACCUUAUUUACCCACUGUUUCAGAUUUAAUACACACUUUUUUAAAAUGGAAUAACUGGAUUAUAAACAAUUAUUUAUCAGCAAAUUUGGCAUUAUUUCAAUACACCCUAUAGUAAUUUAAAAAAGGAGUAACUAUGGAUGAGUUAUUCUUUCCACAAAGCUUUUAAAAAUGAGCUAAAUGUUUCCCGCCAAAAGUGUGUUUGAGGUUUGAUGGAGGCAGCCAUUUUGAAAUGAGCAGUAAAAGUCCUUCACCUGCCCCUAGUGGAAUGAUGAAGCACUACAGGGCAGAAAACGAGUUCUCUUUGGUGAGUUUCUAUGUAAAGUUUUGAUCAUGCUAAUGAGAAAUGGGUUGAAGAAAUGUGUGUAUUAAAUAUGAUACAAAUGAUUAUGUAGGGUUAAAAAUUUUCCUAACUUUUUAACAUAAAAUACUGAAAAAAUAUGGACCUGCUUUAGCUUGAAUAUGUUGUAAAUGGCUAUUUAUUUUAGCUGCAUCUAUUUAUUAUGUUCUAUUCAAUAACAAGAUUACUAAAUCCUAUCUCAACAAAGGAGAUUGUAUCUUCACAAGCAGGAGAGAUUAUAGAACUAAUCGAUUUCUGAAUGGGAAGAAAUCUUUUCACGGUUUAUCUGAGCGGUUUUACAAAGACAGUGCAUACCUGUUCUGUUUAGGCUUCAGGUCACGUUGGAUCUACUCUACACAUGCAUACAGAUAAAAUUUGUCACGCACAGUCACAGAAACUAACAAAGAAUACAGAACAACUGACAAAGCACAGCUCAAUAUUUCUAUUUUCUUCAUGGAUAAGUUCUGCCAUCUAGUGGAAAUCAGGACAGAUACCUCCUGUGCUUUUAUUCUGUAGACCCUGGUGUGUUAUUCCAUCACAGGGAAAAUAUUCAUCACCUGGUAUCUGAUCAAAUUUGAACUAAACUCUACUGUCUUCUACUAUUUAAUAUUAACAAAUUGUCAAAAAAUGUAGUUAUUUAGCUAUAAGAUGCAAAAUCCUUUGUUGUCAGGACAGUAGACUUCAUGUGUCAAGCAUUCCCAAUGCAUUGAAUAAUCUUCAAUCUGGUCUACUCACAUUAAAAUGCUGCUAUUAUUAUUUGAUUUGUUAGGAAAUAAUGCUGCUAAAAUACAAAAGCUGAUCAUAUUUAUGUAAUAUAUUUUUUAAUAAAUGAUGAAUGAAACAUUUUCACCUACAGAGCAGGAAAAAUCUUAUUGGAUUUACAAUUUGCUGAGAACUAUUCCUUCUUAAUACUUUUACAUUUUUUCUGAGACACGACUGAUGUAAACAGAGAGAAGCACUGAAUGGUUUAUUUCACUGUUGAAGCCUUUGACUGUCGCCGACCUUUAUUCUGCAGAUUUUUUGGCAUGACUGCUGCUUGCAUGCCUUCCCUUUAUAAACUGGGUACAUUUGCUGAUAGCCUUUCUAGAAAUGCCAAUAGCCAAGUCUUGUAUACCUUUAAUGAUACAGAAGGAAUGUAUAUUUAUUGAAUAUCCUUGUCAAUGCACACUACUGAUAAUCUAACAACUUGAUUUCUACUCUUAAUAAAAAAAACAUAUGUAUCCUGUCA